AUGGACACCAGACGAGGCUUUGGACUGUGGGCUAUCAGUCUGAUGCUAAUCUUCAUUACCCAACCCCUUCUACCUGAAGCCUGCCAGACAGGGGAUGGAACAUCUUACCGUGGAACAGUCUCUGUGACGGAAUCAGGCAGGACGUGUCAACACUGGGACAGUCAGACACCGCACCAACACAACGCCAUACCCGCUAAUUAUCCGUCACUUGGAUUGGAGCAGAACUACUGCCGGAAUCCGGAUGGAGACCCCUCUGGAGUUUGGUGCUUCACCACGGAUCCGGAACGGCAAUGGGAACAUUGUGACGUGCCUGCAUGUUCCGACCCAACUGAGCCAUCGGCAAACCCGACCCAGUCACCGACAAACCCGACUGUGUCUGCGGCAAACCCGACUGUGUCAGCGGCAAACCCAACCCAGUCACCGACGAACCCGGCUGUGACACCGGCAUACACGACCCAGUCACCAGCAAACCCAACCCAGUCAUCGGCAAACCCUACCCAGUCACCGACAAUCCCGACUGUGUCAGCGGCAAACCCGACUGUGUCACCGACGGACCCGACUGUGACACCGGCAUACACGACCCAGUCGCCGGCAAACCCGACCCAGUCAUCGGCAAACCCGACCCAGUCACCGACAAUCCCGACCGUGUCAGCGGCAAACCCGACUGUGUCAGUGGCAAACCCGAUCGUGUCAGCGGCAAACCCGACUGUGUCACCGACAAAACCGACUGUGACAACGGCACACACGACCCAGCCACCGGCAAACCCGACUGAGUCACCGACAAUCCUGACUGUGUCAGCGACAAACCCGACUGUGUCAGCGGCAAACCCGACUGUGUCAGCGACAAACCCGACCGUGUCAGCGGCAAACCCGACUGUGUCACCGACGAACCCGACUGCGACACCGACAAAACCGACUGUGACAGCGGCAUACACGACCCAGCCACCGGCAAUCCCGACUGAGUCACCGGCAAACCCGACCCAGUCACCGACAAUCCCGACUGUGUCAGCGGCGAACCCGACUGUGUCAUCGACAAACCCGACCCAGACAACGGCAAACCCGACCCAGUCACCAGCAAACCCAACCCAGUCACCGGCAAAACCGACCCAGUCACCAGCAAACCCGACUGUGUCACCUGCAAACCCGACCCAGUCACAGACAGACCCGACUCAGUCACGGACAAACCCAACCCAGUCACCGGCAAACCCGACCCAGUCACCUGCAAACCCGACCCAGUCACCGGCAAACCCGACUCAGUCACCGGCAAACCCGACCCAGUCACCAGCAAACCCGACCCAGUCACCGACAAACCCGACCCAGUCACCGACAAUCCCGACCCAGUCACCGGCAAACCCGACCCAGUCACCGACAGACCCGACCCAGUCACCGGCAAACCCGACCCAGUCACCGGCAAACCCGACCCAGUCACCGGCAAACCCGACCCAGUCACCGACAGACCCGACCCAGCCACCGGCAAACCCGACCCAGCCACCGGCAAACCCGACCCAGCCACCGGCAAACCCGACCCAGUCACCUGCAAACCCGACCCAGUCACCGGCAAAACCGACCCAGUCACCGACAGACACAACUCAGUCACCGACAGACCCGACCCAGUCACCAGCAAACCCGACCCAGUCACCGGUAAACCCGACCCAGUCACCGACAGACCCGACCCAGCCACCGGCAAACCCGACCCAGUCACCUGCAAACCCGACCCAGUCACCUGCAAACCCGACCCGGUCACAGACAGACCCGACUCAGUCACCGACAAACCCGACCCAGUCACCGGUAAACCCGAGUGUGUCACCGACAGACCCGACCCAGCCACAGGCAAACCCGACCCAGUCACUGACAAACCCGACCCAGUUACCUGCAGACCCGACCCAGUCACAGACAGACCCGACUCAGUCACCGACAAACCCGACCCAGUCACCGACAAACCCGACUCAGUCACCGGCAAACCCGACCCAGUCACCGGCAAACCCGACCCAGUCACAGACUGACCCGACUCAGUCACCGACAAACCCGACCCAGCCACAGACAGACCCGACUCAGUCACCGACAAACCCAACCCAGUCACCGGCAAACCCGACCCAGUCACAGGCAAACCCGACCGAAUCACCGACAGACCCGACCCAGCCACCGGCAAACCCGACCCAGUCACCGGCAACCCUGACUGUAACACCGGCAAACCCGACCCAGUCACAGGCAAACCCGACCGAAUCACCGGCAAACCCGACCCGGUCACCAGCAAACCCGACUGAGCCACCGACAAACCCCACCCAGCCACCGACAAACCCGACCCAGUCACCUACAAGUACAACUCAAACCACAGGAGACUCUCACCAGACUCAAGCGGACCCAACCCAACCGCCGGGACCGACCCAACUACCAACAGACCCAUCCCAGCUGCCGACGGACCCAAUCCUGGCGACAACAUACCCUACAGAAACGGACUGUCCCGAUAUGUACAUGUGUGACAAUGGCGAGUGUGUUGUGCCGGAGUACCGCUGUGAUGGCCAAUAUCAGUGUGUUGAUGAAAGCGACGAGGAUGACUGUACUUACGCAUGCAGUAAAGAGUUCCAGUGUGGAAACGGCCUGUGUAAACCGACCUCCUGGGUCUGUGAUGGGGAGGACGACUGUGGAGACAACACGGACGAAACCGGCUGUACCUGUUCCAGCGAGUUCCAGCACGCAUGCGGGGACGGAUCCUGCUAUCACGUGAUUCACCGUUGCGAUGGCUACAGCGACUGCGCAGAUGGAUCAGACGAGGACAACUGCGUGGCCUCCAUAGGCUGUGGCCUGAGAAACAUCAUGGAUACAAACGGCCAGUCGAGAAUAGUUGGAGGAGACACUGCAAUUCAUGGAGCUUGGCCAUGGCAGACGGCUUGCAAUGGGGACGUUUUCGGGAUAUCCCGGACACGUCCCGAACAGGAGAACUCACUGGAACUACGCAUCCUGGAUAUCCCGUUUGCGGACGAAUCUGAGAUAAGCCUCUCUUGGUCGAACGACUAUGGCACUCCGUUCUGUGGCGGUACCUUGGUUGCACCGGAAUGGGUGCUGACGGCUGCCCACUGUCUGAAAGAUUACCGCCGUCCAAACGAUUGGCCAGAUGUCCAAGUCCUUAUUGGCAAGCACCUUCUGCAACAUCCCGGGGACACUGACUCGGAGGCUGUCGUGGUAUCCGUGCAAAAAGUGUUCUCUCACAAAGGGUAUGACCCCGUCACAGAUGACAGCGAUAUAGCCCUUGUGAAGCUGAACACAACGGUAGAUCAGACAAGCAACUUUGUCAACUUCGCUUGUCUCGAAGACAACGAGACUACGAGAUUCGACGAGAACUCGUACUGCUUUACAACGGGCUGGGGUGAAACUUAUUUUGGAGGGCCACAGCCGGACCGUUUGCAGGAGUUGAAGAUGGCGCUGAUUCCAACAGCCGUCUGUAACGGGAUCAUCUCCUACGGCUCGGGACGGUUAACCGACGGGAUGAUCUGUGCCGGGCACUGGGAGGGUGGCGCCGACGCUUGUUCUGGGGACUCAGGGAGUCCUUUAGUGUGUGCAGCACCAACUAGUGCUCCUGAAUGUGGAGGUCUCCUGACGGCUCCACCUGGCGGUACUGUGACGUCGCCGAACUACCCCGAUGUCUACGUCAUCGACGCAACCUGUGAGUGGACAAUCACCGUGGCGGAAGGAUACAUGGUUCGUCUGACUUUUGACAGCUUCAACAUUGAAGACGGUCACGACUAUUUGACCAUCUACGAUGGAGACAGCGACAGUGCUAUGGAAUUGCUGAGCUUAACAGGUGAAUUAUCAUUUAACCCCGGUCCCAUCACCAGUGCAUCUAACCAGAUGUUCGUGAGGUUUACAUCUGACUAUAGCAUCACGGCUUGGGGAUUCCAGUUCCACUACACAGACAUAGCUGCACCGACUGUUCCUGAAUGCGGAGGUAUCCUGACGGUUCCCCCUGGAGGUAUCGUUACAUCACCGAACUACCCCUAUGACUACUUCAACGAUGCGACUUGUGAGUGGACAAUCACCGUGCCAGAAGGAAGCAUUGUUCGCCUGACGUUUGACAGUUUCGAUCUCGAACACGGUUAUGACUAUUUGACUAUCUACGAUGGAGACAAUGACAAUGCAACUGUCUUGCAGAGGUAA